GAACCGAUUGCCGCCUUUUCGUCUCAAUUGAGCGGGCAUUUUAUCUCCCAUUCCAAUCUUCUUUUCUCCCAAUUUACAUUUUUUGAAACAACACUAGAUUUAUUUUAUUCCAUUAAAACCCCGAUUCUCUCUCACAAACCUGCCGAAAUGGCCUCAACAAAGCUCGAACGAGAAGAUCACGCUCGUGAUGCAGCGUUUAACAAGGCUCUUCAUGGCGACUCGGCCAAGGCCCGAGGUGGCUUGCGAGCAAUGAUGAGCAAGGAUAAGGCGGCGCAAGAAGCUGCUUUGGAUGAAUAUUUCAAGCAUUGGGACAAGAAACCCUCUGCAGACGAGACAGAAGAGAUCAGAGAAGCCAGAAGAGCGGAAUAUGCCACUUUAACAAGACAUUACUACAAUCUGGCGACGGACAUGUACGAAUAUGGAUGGGGCGGUUCUUUCCACUUCUGUCGUUUCGCGUAUGGCGAACCUUUCCGUCAGGCUAUUGCUCGACACGAACAUUAUCUCGCACACUCCAUCGGCCUCCAGGAGGGCCAGAUGGUUCUUGAUGUCGGCUGCGGCGUUGGUGGCCCCGCAAGAGAAAUUGCCAAAUUUGCCGGUGUCAAUAUUGUUGGUUUAAAUAACAACGACUAUCAAAUUGAACGCGCAACUCGAUAUGCGGCGAAGGAAGGUUUGUCAAAGCAGCUCCGCUUCACAAAGGGUGACUUUAUGCAAAUGUCCUUUGAACCAAAUACAUUUGAUGCUGCAUAUGCCAUUGAGGCUACAGUUCACGCUCCUUCGCUUGAGGGCGUCUACAGACAGAUUUACAACUCAUUAAAACCCGGCGGUGUUUUUGGUGUAUACGAAUGGGUCAUGACCGACGCUUAUGAUAACAACAACCCCGUCCACCGUGAGAUCAGACUUGGUAUCGAACAAGGAGAUGGAAUUUCGAACAUGGUCAGGGCAACCGAAGCCCUUGAUGCCUUUAAGGCCGCCGGUUUCGAACUCAUCAAAGCUGAGGAUCUAGCAGACCGUGGGGAUGAUAUUCCAUGGUACUAUCCUCUGGCAGGUUCUUGGAAGCAUAUGUCCUCCCUUUGGGAUGUACUCACCAUUGCCCGUAUGACAUGGUGGGGACGUGGUUUGGUUCAUAAGUUUAUGGGUGGUAUGGAGACGAUUGGUUUGUUCCCAAAGGGUUCACAGAAGACAGCAGACAGCUUAGCAUAUGCUGCCGACUGCUUGGUCAAGGGUGGUGAGAUGAAGCUCUUCACUCCCAUGUACUUGAUGGUGGGAAGGAAACCAGAGUGAUCCGAUUAUGAGAUUCAUGACGAGAUAGUGGAUGAUUCUGAGCUGACCCUUUUAGAGAGUUUCCUUCAAGAUGACUUUUCCCUUUAACUUUCCUGUUUUCUUUCUCUUUCCAAGCCCAAUGGGUUGAGGACAUGUGCUUCAUAUAUAUCACAUCCCUGGCUUGCAUGUCUUAGAUCCUCAUUUAAUACUAAUAUUUCCUUUUACUGUACAGGCGUAUACUAUGUAUGU